AUGGCUUCCAACGGCAAGGGAUUGGAGGAUGCCCAUUACUCCGAGCUACAAUCCAAUUACGACGAGGUCACCGAUUCUUUCGAAGCUAUGAACCUGAAGCCUGACCUACUUCGCGGUAUCCGUUCCUGUGGUUUCAAGCGCCCCUUCGCAAUCCAGCAACGUGCCAUCAUGCCCAUUAUCAAUGACAGAGACGUCAUUGCUCAGGCCCAGUUUGACGCUGGAAAAACCACUACUUUCUCUAUCUCCGCUCUACAGAAGAUCGACCCCCGUGUCAAGGCCUGCCAGUGUCUGAUUGUUGCCCAUACUCGUGAAAUGGCCCUGCAGAUUCGUAGAGAUGCUAUCGGCAUCAGUGGAUUCAUGGACAUCGAGUGCUGUGCUUGUAUCGGUGGUACUUCCAUUCAUGAUGAUAUGGAAGCCCUUCGCCGGGGCCCUCAGCUUGUUGUUGGUACUCCAGGUCGUAUCUACGACCUAAUGCAGCGCCAGACCUUCCAAACUAAGGAGAUAAAACUUUUUAUCCUUGAUGAGGCUGAUGAGAUGUUGUCUAGGGGUUUCACGGAUCAAGUUCACACAAUCUUGCAUCUCCUUCCUAAGUGUACUCAGUUUGUCCUACACUCUGCGACCAUACCCCAGGAUGUACUUGAGGUUACCACUGAGUUCAUGCGUAAUCCCGCCAUACUCCUAGUCAGAAACGAGGAACUUCCGCUGGAAGAUAUUAAGCAGUUUUACAUUGCUCUUCAAAGGGAGGAAUGGAAGCUUGACACUCUGACCGAUCUCUAUGAGGUCGUUCCUAUCACCCAGGUUGUCAUUUUCUGCGACGCCCACAAGGUCGACUGGCUCACCCACAACCUGACCACCCGUGACUUCUCUGUCUCUGCUAUAUACGGUGAUAUGAAGCAGUCCCAGCGCGAUGGUAUCAUGAAGGAGUUCAUCUCUGGAACUUCCCGUGCCCUGAUCACUACUGACCUUCUUGACCGCGAUAUUGAUUUCCAAGUGUCUCUGGUCAUCAACUACGGUCUCCCCGCGAACCCUGAGAACUAUAUUCGCCGUAUUGGUCGUGGUGGUUGCUUAGGUAGCAAGGGUGUCGCCAUUAACUUCAUUACUCCCGAUGACAUCGAUUCGAUACCUGUCAUUAAACGGCUUUACGGCGCCCAAAUAGAUGAUAUGCCCGAGAACAUUUCUGACAUCAUCCGUAGCUCUCAGCCACCUAAUGCCUGA